GGUGUCGUCAGGAUACUUUUACCACCUGUUUGUUUAGCAAGGGAAAUCGUACUUAGAUUGUUCUUGCGAGAGGAAAUAAAAAUAAUAAUAAGUAACCUUUGCUCUUUAAAUGACGCGCCAUUGCAGUUGAAGUUUUACAUGUAAAUUUCGAAAUAAUUGUUCCAACUUUGAUUUAUUUUAUAUAUGGAUAGAUAACUUGAAAACAAAACAGCAACACAGAGACUACAAACCUACAUACACACAUACACAACACAGUUUUUUCUCAAAACUUUCUUGUUGAUUCUGGAUUUUAAUCUCAAAAGUAAUGUGCGCACAUACAUUCUCUGAAAUAUUUGGAUUACUUUUAGAGAACCAAUUCAUGUAUCAGAGUUUGGAAGUAAGUGAAGCGUGAGUUCGAUGUAGACCCUUGUAACCACGUGAUACUUUUGGAGAUCGAUCUAGUACCCACCAUCGAACUUCAUCAUGGGGUGUGGCGGCUCUAAGAACAAUUCAGUCAGUGACGGCAACCCAUCAAAGAAACAGCAGUCAACCAAUCAGAAGCCAAGUCCCAACAAACAUCAAACACAAAAUCAGCAAAACUCUCCGCGGAAAGACAUCAACCAGAACCACGGGCCGCCCGACCACAACAGUACCAACCUCAACUACUACGACUCACCACACCACAGCAACGCCAGUCCGAGGCACACCAAAACCAGCCAACCGUAUCCUCAGUCCAAGUACGCCACCACCAGCAGCUACAAUGGUUCAGUGAACGAGGAACAACAUUUUCCACAACCUGUAGAUAAAAGUUAUAUGCGAAGAGUUCGCGCCGAAUUAAUCAAAGCUACCAAAGGUAAAGACAUUGAAGUUCUAGAAAAUGCGAUGGAAAAAUUUGAGAAAAACAGAUGUGAAGACGGAGGUGAUUUGACCCGGGCCAGGGAGAGACUUUACUUCCUGAAGAAAAAACGAGAUCUCCGCGAUGCAAUCCGACGAAGUAACGUUGGAGUCCUGGAGAAGACGAUCAAAGACGCCAAGAGUUGCAGGUAUUCUCAUGAUCUCCAGCCUCAGAUACACGCUGCUGAGAGGAAGCUUGCCCAUCUUCGUGAACUGAAUCAGUACAGCCACGAUAUACUCGCAAUGGACCAGACGACUAUCUCGGAGAUUCACAGUUACCACAGACCACCGGCCUGUGUCCAUGACGUCAUGGCCGCAUCUUAUAUGUUGCUAGGGCAUGAGGAGUCAACACUGAGGGAUUGGUCCUACCUUCAAGCCAUGUCAGGUCGACUUGGUCGUGACAGCCUCAUCCAUCAAGUCCAGGACUUCGACUCCAACAACGUGGACGACAAGACGGCCAAGAGAGUUAAAGAGAUACUCAAUUACCACGACCUGGGCGACGUCCGAGUGGCCAGCAAUGGUGCAGCCACUUUCCACGUUUGGGCGUCCAAAGUAGUUGACAAAAUAGAGAAAGACAGGAACAAUGAAGAACAUGAGAGGUCGAGAGAAGAUGACCCAGAGUCGCCCAGGAGGAAGCACGAAGAAUUGACGUCCAAACCAAAUCACCAGACCUCGCCCGCGGCUAGACGUAGAUAGAAGGCAUAGGGGAGAUAACUUGAAUACUUUUAAAAUAUCCUGUUGAAAUGCACUGUACAGAGUUGUGUCAAGGGGAGAGGACUAAACUAGCGGAACAGUGAAUUAUUGAUUGGUUGAGAAGGCAUACGGAGAAAUAUGGUCAUUGUUAUUGCAUCUUUGAACAUUGUGUGAAUAGCAGGGGAAAUAAUGUCCAUUACUCCCUACAACAUUUAAAUGAGAAAUGGUAAAAAUAUUAGCAAAGGUUAUUGUACUGUUACAGAUGUUGUAUAUAACCAUUAUCCAGCUGCUUACAAACGUGUAAAAACUAUUUUAUCUCUUUGACAUAUAACAGUGGUGUGUGAUUUGCAUUCAAUGGAAGAGAACAGAAAGCUAUGAAUGUGAAUCGAACUAUGUGUUUAUAACCUAUUCAUUGUAUUAAUGUCAACAAAUCCACAAAUGACCUCACUAUCAAUCGCUGUCACUAUUUGCACUUUUAAAAAUCUUUUAGUUACUUGGCUGAUUACGUUUCUACAUUAUACCCAAUGACUAGCUCAUUUAAAUAUGUACUUUUUAAUGCAUUCAAUACAAAUCCAUUUUGUCUGUGCUUUGAACAAAAAUUAAAGACCUGUGAUUGGACAAAAAUUAAAGACCUGUGAUUGGACAAAAAAAUGUCUAAGCGUUAAAUAGUAGCUCUUAUAUCUAAUUGUAUUGUAUUAUUGUUUAGUUUACAAUGUAAAACCUCCUAAUUGUAUAAUUCAUUACAUGUGCCUUAUUGAAGUGUGCGUACAUAUCCAUAAAUCUCUCAUUUGAUUGAUGUAACUAUGACGAACAAAUUGUACAUUUACAAUUAUAUCUGUGUAUGAAUGCUGUUGAUAGAUAGAUUAAGCAUUUCAUAAUGUCUUUUGUUAAUACAUUUAAAACGUACUUAAAAAA